AGAGCUCCGCUCGGCUCCCGCCUCCUUCGCUUCUGCGGGUCUUGGGGACGUGGGGUCCGGCCCCACGGUGGCUACACAGCUGACCGUGGGCACAGUCCCCCACACCCCUCAGCAGGCAUCAUGGACUGGAAGACGCUCCAGAGCCGACUGAAACAAGUGAACCAGUACUCCACAGCGUUCGGGCGCGUCUGGCUGUCAGUAGUGUUUGUCUUCCGGGUGCUGGUGUAUGUGGUCGCGGCAGAGCGUGUGUGGGGGGAUGAGCAGAAGGACUUUGACUGCAAUACCAGACAGCCAGGCUGUACCAACGUGUGCUAUGACAACUUCUUCCCCAUUUCCAACAUCCGCCUCUGGGCCCUGCAGCUCAUCUUCGUCACAUGCCCCUCGCUGCUGGUCAUCCUGCACGUAGCCUAUCGUGAGGAUCGGGAGCGGAAGCACCGUCUGAAGCAUGGUGACCAGUGUGCCAAGCUGUACAGCAACCCAGGCAAGAAGCACGGUGGCCUGUGGUGGACCUACCUGCUCAGCCUCAUCUUCAAGCUCAUCAUCGAAUUGGUCUUCCUGUAUGUGCUACACACGCUCUGGCAUGGCUUCUCCAUGCCCCGUCUGGUACAAUGUGCCAACGUGGUACCCUGCCCCAAUACCGUGGACUGCUACAUUGCCCGGCCCACUGAGAAAAAGGUCUUUACCUACUUCAUGGUGGGUGCUACAGCGGUCUGCAUCGUGCUCACCAUCUGUGAGAUCUGCUACCUCAUCUUCCAUAGGGUCCUGCGAGGACUAAGCAAUAACAAGACCAAGAGCCACAGCUCCCCGAAGUCCUCCAGCAGGGCUUCCACCUGCCGCUGCCACCACAAGCUGCUGGAGACCGGGGAGGCGGAACCAGACUCCGCCGAUGCCAAGCAGGCUUCAGCACCUAACCUCACCCCCAUCUGACCACGGACUGGAGGAGGGGCAAGGCAAGGAGAUGCUGCAGGUGGAGGGGUCCUAUGGGGUUGCCAGGUGCCCCCACUUUGAAUUCACUAAGCUAGCCAUAUUCCAUUCGGGGCAGAUAUUUGUGGAUGCUGGGUUCUGUGCUGUCUACCUGACAUAGGUUUCAGGGCUGACCCAGCGCCAGCUCUCAGAGGAAACAGACACUUAAGAUUAGCAAAUUACAUGCACAUAACAGUCUGCUUAGCGCUGGGCUGGUGAGCAAGGGUUCUACCUACUCCAGGAGAUGACCAGGCCAGGUGCCCCCCAGGAAACAGUGGGAGAGGGGUGAGGCCAGCUCCCCAGCAGAGAGAGCAGCAGCAAAGAGAACUGGGGGCCAGUGCCUGCCUAGGCUGGGGGUAGCUGGCCAGAGGGAGUCUCUACUCCCCCGAGAGAAGCUGCCAGGUUCCCAGGUAGAAUGUUCUCCUAAGAACAAGCAUGAAAAGAGACAGCAGCUCUGGGCUUGCCAACCGCUGCUCAAUGGAUCCUCCUUCCCCAGCCUCCAAUUGGAUUCCCUUCCCCAACCUCCAAUUUCAAGCAGUGGUUCUCUCCUUCCUCCCACCAGUGUGCUCAGCCUGCUGCGCCCUGUCGCCAGGGCCUUGGAGGCAUGCACGAUGGGAACACAC